UUGUAGAUGUGACCGCCAGUAGUGGUGGUGUUGUUCUUGUUUAGUUUAGGCUUCAUUUGCCCAGCAACUUUCACUGGAUGACUCACCCAAGUCGUCUGUUACGCAUGACAAAACUUUGUAGGGGGCGGGGGGGUGUCCAAGGGUGAGGUGGAGCAGGCGUCAAAUAUAAAGGUGUUUGGCGCUGACAGGCCACAUCAUGCUGACGAUGUCGCCCACCGGCAGUCGACCCAUGCAGAGCUCCAGACGGCUCAGUGGCGCGCUCUUGUGCGCACUGCUGCUGCUGCUCCUGCACUCCUGUCCUCCCGCUCAAGCCCAGUUCAUGGACACCGAGUCUGAAGAGGAGCUCAGUCCCAGAGCACUUCGGGAUUUUUACCCAAAAGGUCCGAACCUGACCAGUGAGAAGCAACUGCUUGGAGCUCUCCAGGAAGUGCUUGAAAAGCUGCAGACUAAAAGACUGCCGAUGUGGGAGAAGAAAUUUGGACAAGUCCCGACGUGUGACAUCGGGGAGCAGUGCGCGGUGAGGAAAGGAGCUCGGAUCGGGAAGAUGUGCGACUGUCCCCGGGGAGCUUUCUGCAACUCUUUUCUGCUCAAGUGCUUAUGAGCCUGCUCGGCUUUCAAUAUUGUAAAAUGUCGCAUCAAGAUAAGUAACUGUCGCUCAAUUCCUUCAUAACGUCAUAUGAAGGAGGGUGAUAAUUGAUGAAUAUUAUAAUAAUACAUUUGUUUAUUCUUUUUUCUCACAUUCAAGUCUAUAACAACAUGUACUGUAUGUGAAGCACAAUAGAGUCACAGGUGCCCACACGGGUGAGGCAAGGAAUUGUCACCUAUAGACACCGACCUUCAUGAACAUGUGCUGUGACUGCCGAUUAUAAAUUCUGUACAAAGUUGUGAUUGAGACUAUUGUUACAAAGCAUUGCAUACAACGGACUUGGUGGUUAUGAUGUUUAAGUAUCACUUUCAUAUACUCAUGUGUAGAAUUGUUCCAUAAAAAUAAAAGUGUUGCAAUCUUGUUUCUGAUAAA